AUGUGUUCUGUCUCUAAGGAUACGUGUAUAUUUGUNUAUCUCAUUCCUUAUCUCCAAAACCUAGCUUCGUCCGGAAACCUCGUUCCUCUACGAAUUUCCAAUAGUGCCCCUGUCACACCACCGCUCUCUUCUCCUAGAGGAUCAACUCCGAGACUCCCGAGAUGGCAAAGCAGUAAUUUUCCACUCUCAGCUCCGUCAAGCCCAACACGGCGUCUCCACCACUACACAUCGAUUCCAGAAUGCGACGAAUCUGAUGUCUCCACGGUUGAUUCGUGUCGAUGGGGAAACUUCCAACCGGUUAACGUUUCUCAGACAUGUCCUCCGUCGCCGACAUUUAACCUCGUUGUCGGAGAUGUGUCGGUGAAGCCGUGGGAAGGUGAGAAGAUUCACGAUGUUGGUAUCGAUGACUUGGCGCUGACGUUAGGUCACAACACCAAAGGACGCGGCUAA